AGUGACCUUGAAAGUGACUUUCGAAGCCAGCUUGAUCUCGAAAUGGUGAAUGAACUGAAGUCCGUAUUUUGAAUCAGUUAUAUCAUUCAUUUUCUAACGUGACUUACUAUCUAACUACAUGCAAAACUUACGUUGCUAACUUCCUCCAGAUCCGGGAUGAGCACCCUUGAAAAGUACAAGGUUACCCGAGCGCCGGCCACGGUCCACUAUGUGCCCGAGUUCGUGACCGAGGCCGAGGAGCAGCGACUGCUGGAGCUGGUGUACGCCGCCCCGCGGCCGCGCUGGACGCAGCUGGCACACCGGCGACUGCAGAACUGGGGCGGCCUGCCACACCCGCGCGGCAUGCUGCCAGAACAGAUACCCACUUGGCUGCAGGCGCCGAUGGAGCGGAUCGCCGCGCUGGGCUGUUUCGGCGAGCUGCGGCCCAACCACGUGCUGGUGAAUGAGUACCUGCCCGGCCAGGGGAUCAUGCCGCACACGGACGGGCCGCUCUUCGCGCCAGUCAUCACCACCGUCACACUGGGCUCGCACGCGCUGCUCGACCUCUACCGGCCCAGACAGGACGACUCGCAGGAGGCGUCGCCGGCCGAGCCGGAGGCGGUGGGCUCGCUGCUGCUGGCGCGCCGCAGUCUGCUCGUGGUCCGUGAUGACGCCUACCACCACCUCCUACACGGCAUCGCCGCGCGCACAGAGGACACCGUUACAGACGCCGUGCUGAACGGAGCAGAGCAGGCCGCCGGCUCCCGGCUGCAGCGGCAGACGAGAGUAUCGCUCACCAUCAGACACGUGCCCAAGGUGCUCAAAGCCAAACUGAGGCUGUGAGGCCGACCAAAGGUGACCAGAGCCAAACUGCGGUUGCAGGGACCAGCCCAUAGUGCCGGAGGACAGCUGUGAAGGAUCCGGCCCAUGUGCCUAGGGCCGGUCUCGGGUGAUACCGUGGGGGGGGGGGGGGGGGAUGGAACUGAGGGAUUUGUCUUGCUAUCAGUAACUGGCUGUGGCUGGACUCCCUGAAUCGAACUGAACCGGCCGGGGGCGGAGCCAGCCGGCUCUCUGCGAUGCGAGACUCGGUACGGGAUGGAAUCGGCGACGGUUUUAUAUGUCCCUGUGAGCACACCAUCUCAUUAGUCAUUUUCUUUAUGAUAAGCGCUGUUAGAAAUGUCAAAAAUCGAAUACAUGGUGAUGAGCUUCACAAUUGUGAGAGGCAAAUCGAAAUCAGGAAUGAGGAGCCAAGUUAAGGUGGCAACACUGCUCCUUGUUUCGCUAAUGCAUGCUCUUAUAGUUCAGCUCAGCUGAAAACAAUUGAACCUAUCAACGGCAAAUGUCCUUCAAGAGAUCCUAUUUAGCUCAAUGUUCCGGCUCCUGCAUGACAGGUCGAGGUCUGAUAAAAGGACGAAUCGCUUCCACCUAAUCUCGGAAACUGUCGUAUCUUAUCCGACUUACCACGUGACCUGUCGUCCGAUAGUGUCACCGGCGGGCGCUGACCAGUAUCGGGGUCACGUGACUCGUCAGUGUGCCUGCGGCGGCCGGGAGGUGACUGCGUCAGGGCGGUGACCGCUGCGAUCGGUCCGACGGCCGUCCUAACGAGACCGCGCACAGAUAGUGCCGAACGGAGGGGCAUGGCGAGCGGUCAGAGCUGACAGCAGUCGGUCGGUUCAGAAUUGACAGCAGUUGCAGUAACAGCGGUCACGGGUAACAGAUCACAUGUGAUGUGACAGUGGAAAUUCUGGUCAUGCGUCAGCGAUUACGGGCUACAUGCAUGUGACAGCGGUGACCGCUGGCUAUUACCAGCUGACUGUGGUUACAUAACAUCAUUCAGAAAAGACGACGGCGACCAAUGAACAGCGUCAGAUGUCACAUUAUACCGGCCACAAGAAAGCGACAGCUGACAUUGAUCAGGACGAAGCUGCCACGGAACUGCCGCUAUCUCUGCGCAGCAGAAAGAGCGGCUAACGCCCGGAAGAUUGAGAUCGGAAACAGUUGACACUCAACCAAAGUGACUGGAAAUCUAGAGGGGUCAGCGUCUCUUCAGCUCCUGGUCUCGCAGUUGCCUAAAAAGCGAUGAGCGGAACGCGUGAAGCUAGUGAGCAGUUGUAAGGCACCGCCAGUGUCCGAGCGGGAUGGAGCCGCGCACCAAGCUGGACCUGGUGCAGAGCGCCGUCGGCAGUAUGGUGUUCCUGUGCUCGGUGGUGUUCGUGUUGAUGCUCGUCUACCAGGCGUCCGCCGCGGCCAAGAUCGCCACGGGCGCGCUGCUGGGCGCGCUGCUGGUCGUCUACCUGGCGCUGGCCGUGGUGUCCGGCUGCCGGUGGCGCAGCCCGUGCCCCGGCGGACCGCCGCGCGCCGCGCUCCGCACACGUCCGCCGCAGCCCUACGACAUCACGCUCACCAGGUUCAGGGAGGAGGCGGCGCCGGCGGAGCGCCGGGCGGGCCGGGCGGCGCGCUCGGUCCGCCCUGCGCCGCGGCCCCGCGCGGCUCCUCCGGAGGACGGGCCGCCGCCCGACUACAAGGCGGCGCUGGCGGCCGGCAGCGUACCGCCGCCCUCCUACAGUGAGGUGGCUGCCGCCGGCUUCAGCCAGGCCGUGGACCUGAGCGACGAGAGACGGACGGAGCCGAGCGCGCCGCCGCCGGAGUGAGCGCCCCCCCCCCCCCCCCCCCCGAGUGAGAGCCAGAGAGAUUGACAUUGAUUCAGUGAGCCGACGACCGAGAGAGAAGUGAAAUAAGCCGACUUCAGUGAGAGUAGACCGACGCUGCGGGGCUGACUGAUCACAGUGAUCAGGAGCCAGGAGUCAGUCCACAGCUUCGACUGACUGCAGCCAUUCGUGUGUUGUGUUGUAUUGUAUGUCUGAAUAAUGUGAGAUAUUCCCUGUAAAACACAGACAACCGAGAGACGCAGCCGUUAGUGUGCUGUGUCCCGGAAUGAUGGGAGAUGUCACCGGUUAACUGCAGAGAACUGAGAGGUUGUGCCCAGGAUCUGUGAUAAAAUUGAACAGGAG